GCUCGCCGAGCCCGUCGUCCGCGGUGGCGGCGGCGGCCGAGCCCGCCCGGGACCCUGCGGCGCGGAGAUGAGCGGGGCCGCCGCGCUCCUGCUCUGCCUGCUGGGCGGCACCGUCUGCGAGGCGGCGGCCAAAACGCCACGGGAGCCCCGAGCCGGAGCGCAAGAGGUGACUCUGAAGGUGCACAUCAGUGACGCCAGCACCCACCAGCCCAUCUCGGAUGCGCUCAUUGAGAUUUUCAUCAACCAAGUCCCUGUCGCCUCCGGCACCUCGGGGACGGAUGGCAUCGCCUUCAUCAAGUUCCAGUACAAGCUGGGCAGCCAGCUGAUGGUCACCGCCUCCAAGCAGGCUUACGUGCCAAACUCUGCCCCGUGGAAGCCAAUACGACUACCUGUGUUCUCCUCCCUGAGCCUCGGCCUGCUUCCAGAGAGAUCCGCCACUCUGAUGGUAUAUGAAGACGUCGUCCAGAUAGUCUCAGGAUUCCAGGGUGCCCGUCCCCAGCCACGCGUGCAUUUCCAGAGGAGAGCCCUGCGGCUGCCUGAGAACACCAGCUACAGCGACCUGACCGCCUUCCUCACAGCCACCAGUGCCCCCGCCCAAGUGGGCAGCUUUCCUUAUUUGCGAGGACUGGAUGGAAACGGGACAGGAAACAGCACCCGCUACGAGCUGACCCCGGUGGCAGCCCUGAGCGUGCACUUGCUCAGCAGCGACGGGACGCCGGUGCCGGUGGACGGCCCCAUUUAUGUCACUGUGCCGCUGGCCACCCCGAGCAGCCUGAGGCACGAUGCCUACGUCGCAGCCUGGCGGUUUGACCAGAAACUGGGAACGUGGCUGAAAAGCGGCCUGGGCCUGGUGCACCAGGAGGGCAGCCAGCUCACGUGGACAUACAUCGCCCCACAGCUGGGCUGCUGGGUGGCAGCCAUGUCCCCUCCCAACCCAGGUCCCAUUGUAACACAGGACAUCACCACUUACCACACGGUGUUUCUGCUGGCCAUUUUAGGGGGAAUGGCUUUCAUACUCUUGGUUUUGCUGUGUCUCCUUUUAUAUUACUGCAGGAGGAAGUGUUUAAAACCUCGCCAGCACCAUCGGAAACUACAACUUCCUGCGGCCCUGGAGAGUUCCAAAAGGGACCAGGCAACAUCCAUGUCACACAUAAACUUGCUGUUUUCCCGACGGGAGUCAGAAUUCCCCGGGACGCUCUCUCUUGCCGGCCACGGCCGUCCCAGUGCCCCCGUCCCAAAGGAGCUGGUGAGUGGGGUCCACUUGGAGGUGAUCUCACCCAGCAGAGAAGUAGAUAUGCACACACCCAUGCUGAAACUCUCCUACAGCACCUCCCAAGAAUUUAGCUCUCGGGAGGAACUUCUCUCUCACAAGGAAGAGGAUAAAAGCCAAAUCUCCUUUGAUAACCUGACACCGAGUGGGACAUUAGGAAAAGACUACCAUAAGUCCGUGGAGAUUUUCCCAUUGAAAUCAAGAAAGUCUACGGAAAGAGAAGGCUACGAGUCCCCUGGCGAUGACGAUUACAGGAGGAGUUACAAUCCUGUGCUCUCACAGCCUCUUUUCGAAAAGCAAGAGAGAGAAGGGCAAGCAUCCAUUAACCGUAUUUCCACAGGAAGUAAACUCACCAUUCAGGAACAUGUGUACCCCACGCCCUCAUCUCCCCAGAAAGAGCAACUGCUGGACCGCAGACCUACUGAAUGUAUGAUGUCACGAUCGGUAGAUCACCUUGAAAGACCCACAUCUUUCCCAAGGCCAGGCCAGUUGGUCUGCUGUAGUUCCGUUGACCAGGUCAACGACAGCAUUUACAGAAAAGUGUUACCCGCCUUGGUCAUCCCAGCUCAUUAUAUGAAAUUGCCAGGGGACCACUCCUACGUCAGCCAGCCCCUGGUGGUCCCUGCUGACCAGCAACUUGAAAUAGAAAGACUGCAGGCUGAGCUCUCCAACCCGCACACGGGGCUCUUCCCUCACCCCGCGUCCCAGAUCCAAGCCCAGCCCCUGUCUUCCCAGGCAAUUUCUCAGCAGCACCUGCAAGACGUGGGCUCCCGGGAGUGGGGCCCCCAGAGCGCAGCCAUGUCCGAGUCCCUCUCCAUCCCAGCGUCGCUUAACGACGCGGCCCUGGCACAGAUGAACAGUGAGGUCCAGCUGCUGACAGAAAAGGCCCUGAUGGAGCUGGGAGGCGGGAAGCCCCUUCCUCACCCCCGGGCAUGGUUCGUCUCUCUGGACGGGAGGUCCAACGCGCACGUUAGACAUUCCUACAUUGAUCUCCAAAGAGCCGGAAGGAACGGAAGUAAUGACGCCAGUCUGGAUUCUGGCGUGGACAUGAAUGAACCAAAAUCCGCCCGGAAGGGGAGAGGAGACCCUCUGUCCCUCCAACAGGUCCACCCUCCCGGCCAGGAGCACCAGCAGGAAGAGCCGCGCGCCCCGGACAGCACGGCCUACACGCAGCUCGUGUACCUGGAGGACAUGGACCCCCGCGGCAGCGAGUGUGGGACCGCCGUGUGCACCCCCGAGGACGGGGCCCUGCGGUGCUUGCUGGAGGGGUCCGGCCGGAGGAGCGGCGGCGGCCAGCUGCCCAGCCUGCAGGAGGAGACGGCCAGACGGACUGCAGAGGCCCCGCUGGAGCCGCUCCCCAGCCCCGAGCGCAGAUCUGCCGCUGAGGAGGAGGAGGAGGACGACGACGACCAAGGGGAAGACAAGAAAAGCCCCUGGCAGAAACGGGAGGAGAGACCCCUGAUGGCAUUCAACAUCAAAUGAGCGAUCGCGGCGCUCCCAGCUGUGGACUGAGAAGUUGCCAAAUGUCCUUUCUUACGGAAGCGCGUGUUUGUUUGUGGAAGAAAUGGGACUAUGGGCGCGGUGAGAAGCGGACUGGCACUGCGUUAUGAUUUGCUGUGUCAACGUUAGAAAGGAAUGAAUCAUUAUCACUCAAAAUAGAGGCUGAUUUUCCUGGAUGCCUCCCAUGAGGGGGCCGGGAGUAGCGUCUGAGUGUGGUUCCAUGUGCUUGAUGUCCAGCAACAACGCUGGGAAACCACAGGUUUUAACGAUAACCUCAGUUCUCCCUCAGAUUAUGGGAACAGAUGAAACUCUUUUUGCAUUGCUUGAGGCAGUUGUAUCAUGAUAAUGCUACUGGAAAGUUACUAUCGAGAAGUUAGGUCGGCACUCAGUGUCCAAAAGUAUGCAUUAUCGCAAAGGAAAGCUAUGCACCGCUGCUUUGUAGUAGGAUUUUGCUUAGAUUUUGCUUUGGUUAGCUUUUGGUUUCGGUUGGCCUUUUUGAAAAUGCGAUUUGGUUGUAACGAGCUUAAUCCUUUGUUCUGAUCUGCUUCUCUGUGGUUUCUUUUGGUGUCUCCCUUUAGGAAUUCCUGAGAGUCAUCUCUUAACAUUCAAGCCUUUCAAUGAAAUCGUACUUUUUUUUUUUUUUUUAUCAGCUAAGAGUCCUACAAUUCUGGUCCCAUUAACUCCAAGUGCCUUUUUUACAGUGACAAUAGACAGUCCCUCGCUUUUUGUUUGUCUCGAAUCCUUUCAUUGAACUGCCUGGAUUUUAUAAAUUUAUUAAAUUAAACCCCUCUUCUUCAAGCUGCAUGAUGCCAAGUGCCCGUUUGUGCUCCGCAUCCUCUGUCCAAUGCAGUGUGCUCUAGUUACACAUGUGAUGUGGGUUCUGUUAGCUGAUGUAGCCUAGAGGACACUUUAGAGACACCCUUCCCCCCUCCAGAUAUUGGCUGUCUGUAUAUACGGAUACGUAUUAACUCCAGAAUCCUAUGGGCUGUGCUUGCUCACCAAACGUGGAGUGUGUAUGGCUUGAGCAAGUGGACUGAAUGUGACUAUUAAAAAGAAUCUUAUGUACUAUCCCAAAGUGCCAGAAUGACUCUUCUGUGCGUUCUUCUUAAAGAGCUGCUUGGUUAUCCAAAAACGAAAAUUCAAAAUAAACUCUGAAGAAAAACUA